GACUCGCAUUUCCCCUUGUACACAACUGAUUGGAGGAACUCCAAUCAAACACCAAAGUGGGGAAGAGUAAUAAAAGUCGUUUGCCUUUGUUCGAUAUCGGAAAAUCCUUUCCCUUAGUAUAUGCCUUCUCUUUUUAGUGUGUUUUAUUCUUUAUAUCCCAAUUGAAUCGUUUAGGAAAUCACUCCUGAAUCCGAAGGAACGAGAAGAGUUCUAUAAAGGAAGUCAUUCCAUCUUUCUCUUCUCAUACAUGCAGUUUCCUUCAUUUCUUCCAUACUCCUAUAUUCAAGAACCCUCUUCCAAUACUACAUUCUUUACAUUAACCUCAAAUUCUUUUCGAAUUUUUGGUCCUCUUUUCAAUAAAUUAUUUAGUUACAUAACUUUGUCAACUUUCAAAAAAGUUGUAAUCAACCUAAAUUUCAUAAUGACAGACGGUGGUAGCAAUGACCCGUUCGAGAGUGAUCUGAGUGAUCAAUCUCGAUCACCAGCCCCCGAAGAAGUUUCAGUUACUCAGUUUUCAGAUCUCCAAUUCCAGCACAUGCAACACAAUGCUGUGAUAACAGUGGGGGAUCAAGGACUCUCCGACAUGCUGCAUACCUUCGAAGCUAUCCAACAGCUUCCCCAGGAAGAGCAAAAUACGAAAUUCAUUGAAUUCAAGGCGUGGGCAGAAAGCCAAAAGGCCAAGGCUUGUACCCUGACGGAAAUGUCUAUGGAUACAAUUCUUCGAGACGAACUUCACCUCAAGGCCAAUGUAACGACGAAACAGAUGAAAAUUGACAACAAAGACACUCUGGCUAGAGUGGAAAAGACUCGUGCCCUGCGGCAGAAAGCGAUUGAUAGGAUUGCUCAAUACUGGAAAGAAUCGCGUAAGGGCAUUUCCUUUGCUACAAUACUCUUCAUGGCGUAUGGAACCAAGUUUCAAAACGUACUCAUCAAACUAGCUAAAAUGGCAGACCCAGAAGCGGUGCUGGAAGUGGUCAACGGUGAGCUGAUUCGCCGGAUGACUAGCCCUCCCAAGCCCGGGGUGCGAGUCAACAUGCAUCUGACGCCCUCUGAAUUCAAAAAUGCGCUCAAAAUCCUCGAUGCCAAACAAGUGAAUAAGGCCUUUGAAUGGGACGACGAGAAGCGAAGGGAACUCGGUCUUCGAUACAACAUGGUCGGAAUGCUCGGCGAAGCCAGCAUUGACUACUCUGAGGAUGCCCCACCUGUCGGGGACUCAGUAAUUGAGUUCAGUGCAGUACCCUCUCCGCCCCCCAACGAAGAAGUGAUCGCCAAUCUCGAGAGGUGGGCUAGGUUGGGAGUUCCAGUGGUUGAUGAAGACAAAAAACCGCUGCAAGAGUGCUUAAUGGACAAGGUAGUCCGUAAACUUGCUGCUCCCCUUGGUAGUGACGAAGAGGAGGAUGUCACGCAUCCGAACGCGUGUAAAUGUACGGCGGAGACCUUGGAGUCCAAAGACUGGUUCUUGACACUCGAAGAAAAGUACGUUGCAAAGCAGAUCGGAUGGAUGGCGAUGGUGGAACUGGUGCCCAUCAUGCCUAACGACACCUGCAAUUACCAUCUCCAUCAACUAGCCAACGUACUUGGUCUUAAGGCUACACGCGUCCUGCGUAAUAUCCUUAUCCACCGCCUCAAUACCGUAUAUAAGCGCAGAAAUCGUAUUGACGACGUCCGAAUCCAUGACAAUUACUUUUCUUGGUUCAAGCCAAGUUUUGAAGCUAGCGAGGUGAGGAAGAGCAGACUCCUCGGAGUUCUGAAAUUCCAACCCAUCAAGCCCGACGCCGGCGAACCGAAGAUCGUACAAACUCCCGUGGCAGGCCUGACAGUGGUCCACCAAACCGGUGUAAGCAGGCCAAAGGCGGGAGAGCCAGAGCUUACUAUAGCGAAGGCUCAAUAUUCGAACUUCGUGGAUCACUCUGUUAAGAUGUACUGUCACCACAAUCGAUACGAGAACCAAGGACUCGGGUUUGCCCACCACUGCUACUACGCUCCCUGGCAACAGGCCUGUAGGCAAGAUCUGAAGCUUUGGAGAGAAGCCACACGGCAGCGAAUGGAUCAGGAAUUCCGCUUGAUCACUGUGCCCUUCCCUGCUCUCAUUAUCCAGUGGGACGAAGGGUAUGAUCACACCUUCGUGCAUGGAAAUGCAAGGGAACUCUAUUCCAAGUCGGAUUUCAAGCUAGCCGAUCACCUCACUGCCUAUAUAGUACAUUCAAUCGCUAAAGGCAAGAUGACUUCGGACACUGAAGUAUUACAUGGGAAGGUAAACCUGUCAGCUCAGGGGAACACGACGUGGAGAAAUUUGGCUGCCACUACUCUUGGCAAGAGCAAUGUAAUGUUCGAAAAGGGGUACUUUCAUGACAUCACCCCAAAAAGAAAGUAUCAAGGAUAUGUUAACUUGAUCGCAUGCGACGAGCUUGUGUUGAGCCGGAAUAAAUCCUGGGCCCUUGUAGCUGGUGGCAAUUUUACUACCAUUCAGCCAUAUGAAAAUGCCACAGGUGAUGAUCCGUUCGCGGCGACCAUCGUUCCCUACACAGCAAUCAAGAGGAAAAACGACGGCACCCUGGAACCUAUGUUGGAGAAUGGUAUGAAAUACCAAGACUUGAAGGAUGCCCACAGCAAAUUGAAGCCUAUCUUCGACAAGAACGUUACCAACGGCGGUCAAUACGAAAUCCCUGGAUUCCCGGUAGAAUGCCACCUGACCACAGAGAACCCCGUUGAACAAGCUCUUGUAGGAGGACUGCCAUGGAAUGACCAAUCUGUCCUCAAUGAAGCUGCCGAAUUGCUGGCCCUGACUGACGAGCAAUUUAACGAGUGGUAUCAAGGUACCCGUUCAGCUCAAGUUCAGGAGCAAUACGAACGUGCAUUCUCAGACGUUGUUUCCAAGGAACGAGCCUAUGGUGAAAAGUCUUAUUACAAUGUGGCUGAGACAGAGCCGGUAGCUGGCAAAAAGCGAAAAUAUGUUUCUGCUAGUAAAAAGCGAAAACAUAUUUCUGCUGAUGAGGAAGGAGAUAUCCUAGAUAUUUCUUCCGACUCUAACAUUGAAGAGGACACACGCCCUCCUCCUCAACCUCCUCAGUCUCCUCGAACUCCCUCUCCUGUAUCCACUUCGCGUGUGAAGAAGAGGAGAAGAAAGCAUUCCCGCAUGGAUAAGGCGAUCAAUAACGAGGACGAUUAAGAUCAAGAAGACGAUGAUGGCUUAGCCGGAGCUACUCAGGCCAGCGGUGCUACCAAAGGCACUCCCCAUCGGCCUAAAACUCCCAAGAAACAUCAUUCCCAAUGCCUGGAGAACGACAAAGCACAAGCGUCACCAGAAGAAUCUCGAAUGCUGGGCUGUAGGUCAAAGAAGUGGUCUAAUUUAUAACUAUGGCAAAGUUAUGAAUGUAGCAAAAAAGAGUGGCUUUUGGGCGAAUUCGAUUUCUUUUCUCCUCCUGAAGUUGUGGCCAGCGAUACCUUUGGUGGUCACCUUUUUCUUUUCUUUCCCUUUCAUGCUUUUGAGUGUGUUUGUUUUUGUUUAGCUAUAUUGAUCAGGACGAUCAAUUGAGUAAAGCAGGGAGGAAUGUGCGUGGAAAAACGUGAUCUGAGAGUCAUGUGAUAUUUUUAUCUAGUAUUUAUAAUUCCUCCUGUAGACCAAAGAAGGCACUGAUUUUACA